AUGCUUUCGCAAGGAAAGACGACAAAUAUCCAGCCAAAGCUGGGAGCGGUAGCGCUGGUUCAAGAGGAACUUCAGCCUGUGUUAGGACAGAUCACUCGCCUGUUUAGGGACAAACAGAAGGAAGUCCGUGAACAGAAGGCAGUCCGACCACACACGAAAGGAGCAGGACACAUUGAUCAAUCACGUCAAAGGUCUUCAAGAACAGCUGAACCACCACUGUGUAAGGGAAGGCAGCGAAAGCUCAAAGUAGUAGCCGUUGGUGAAGAAGGUCAUGGUUCAGCCAAGCAAAUAGAGAAGUUCCUCGAACGGAUCAAAGAGACUUCGAACAAGAUCAAGGAAGUUGACUCGAAAAUAGCGACAUGUCAAGCAGAUGAGAGCAGCAGAUACGAAGCUCUCAGCAACAGCAUGGAAAUCUUGGAAGAAAAAUUAGGUGAAGCUUUGAAGACCAUGAAGCAGCAAGUGUUGGAUGACAUGGAGCAAAACACCAAGGAAGUGCGAAGGUUCACAGAGAAGAAUCACACCUCUUCCUGA